CUCACUUGUUACAAAACAAUCUUCAACAAAUUAUUAAAUACACAUCUCACAAAUUAUCUUUCUUUUUCUAUAAUCACUUAUCUCAACUUUUAUGCACAUUAUGAACAAAAAACCAUGCAUUGCUAUGGUUCCUUCCCCUGGACUAAGCCAUUUAAUUCCACAAGUUGAAUUUGCCAAACAAUUACUUCAACAUCACAAUGAAUUCAUUGUCACAUUCAUCAUUCCAACACUUUCUCCUCUUACUCCUUCAAUGCAACAAGUCUUGAACAAUCUUCCACCAAACAUAGACUUCAUUCUUCUUCCUCAAGUAAAAAAUAUUCAACAAAGCCAUGAUCCUGCAGCACAAAUGAAACUCAUUGUGAAACAUUCUAUUCCAUUUCUUCAACAAGAAGUUAAAUCACUCAUUUCCAAAACUAACCUUGUUUCUUUAAUCUUCAGUAUAUUUUCAACAGAUGCAUAUGAAGUUGCCAAACAAUUUAACUUGUCUUCUUACCUUUUCUAUGCCUCAGGAGCUGUUCCAACAUCAUUUUAUCUCACUCUUCUGAAUCUCGACGACUCUAUUUCCUCGGAAAUAGAGUUCUUAGAGUCAGCUUAUGAAACUGUGAAUGUUCCAGGUAGUAUAGUCCCUUACCAUAUCAAAGAUAUUCCUGAUCCACUUCUAUGUGAAAGAUCAAGUUUAGAGUACAAAUCAUUUCUUGAUGUGUGUCAAAAAUUCUCAUUAGUUGAUGGUGUUAUCAUAAACACUUUCAAUGAUUUGGAACCUGAGGUCAUAAGGCUUCUUCAAGAAAAAGAGAAACCUUGUUUUUAUCCAGUGGGACCCCUCCACAGAAAUGAGUCUAAUUGUGAAGAUAACAUUAAUUCAAUGUGUUUAAGGUGGUUGGAGAAUCAACCACCAAGUUCUGUUCUUUAUGUAUGUUUUGGGAGUGGUGGAACAGUUUCUCAUGAACAACUCAAUGAGUUAGCAUUUGGACUAGAAUUGAGUGGUAAGAAAUUCUUGUGGGUUGUUAGAGUUCCAAGUAAAGUUGUUAGCUCUGCUUAUUUUGUUGGAGAAAAAGAUGAUCCAUUAGAUUAUUUACCAAGUGGUUUUCUGGAAAGAACCAAAGAAAAUGGAUUGGUUGUUCCAUCAUGGGCACCACAAGUUGAGAUUCUUGGUCAUGGAUCAAUUGGUGGUUUUUUGAGUCAUUGUGGUUGGGGUUCAACUUUGGAGAGUGUGGUUAAUGGUGUGCCUAUGAUUGCAUGGCCUCUAUUUGCUGAACAAAGGAUGAAUGCCAAAUUAUUGACAGAUGAGCUCAAGGUGGCUGUGAGGCCAAAGAUUGAUGAUGAAAGUGGGAUAGUGAAAAGAGAAGAAGUUGCCAACUGUGUAAAGAGAAUCAUGGAAGGUGAUGAAAGCUUGGAAAUACAAAAGAGAAUUAAGGAAUUGAGUGUUGGUGCUGCUGUUGCAACAAGUGAAAAUGGUUCAUCUAAGAAGGCACUCUCUUCUUUAGCAUCGAGAUUGCAAAACUUUUGAGCAUCCUGAUUCAUUCAUGACUAAUUUUUCUUGUAUUAUGGCUUUACUUGUAAACAAUUAAACAUGGUUUCAAGAUUCUGAAUGCAGAACCUAAGGAAUAUGGAGCAUGGACCUUUCAAGAUACUAGUUUCUUAUUCUUUUCGGAUUCAGAUUUGCUCGGAUGAUGGUAAAGUUCUGAUAAUCCAAGUUUUAUAGUUAGUGAUCAUUGUAACUUGAAUUCCCUGCAUUCCACCUAUAGAAACUUAAGGCAUAUGCAUCCUCAAGUUUUCCUUUGCCUUUCCUAUCUUGACAUGCAUUUAGCUAUUGAGUUUUUAUUUUGGAAGAACUAUUUGUCUUGCUUUUACCAUUUCAUGCAUUAGGAGAAAAGAGUCAAAGUGGUUUGUUAUAUGUAAUAUCAUUGUAAACUUGAACUUCCUUGAAUGAUUUGUGUUAACUGAAACAACUACGGCUAGAAAUUGGAAUAUGGAACUGUAUUAAUUAUAAAUA